CUGCCCAGGGAGGGAACCCCGGAGUCCGGCCCCGCAUGGGCGCCGCGCGGUCCCCGGGGGCCUGAGGCUGCCCGGCCGCCCCGCACGCGGCCCAUGGCGGCCCGCGCUGCCCCCGCCGCACCUGCGGCCGAGGAGCCGAGCGGCCAGGGCCAGGGUCAGGGCCAGGGCCAGGGCCAGGCCGGUGUCCCCCGCAAGAAGAAGUCCCGGGGCGGCCUGCGCCGCGCCUUCAGCUGGUUGCGGGGCAAGCGGAGAAAGAAGAAGGGGCCGCCAGGCGGGGAGGGCGCCGAGCCGCCCCCCAAGGGCAAGAAGUCCGAGGAAAAGGCCAGGAAGGGCAGAGGCAAGGGCAGAGGCUCGAGCAAAGCAGACAACAAGCAGCUGCCGUCGGAUGACCACCAAGACAAUGUCUUCUUCCCCAGCAGCCGACCCCCUCACCUGGAGGAGCUGCACUUUCAGGCCCAAGAAGGACUGCGAUCCCUGCAGCACCAAGAAAAACAGAAGCAGAACAAGGAUUGCUGGGACCAUGGAGAUAAUCAGAGCAUCAAGUCAUCCCAGAUGGGCACCGAGGAGCAGGACAAUAUUUCCUUCUGUAGUCAGAGCACCACAUCCACCAUGGAGAGCUCCGCCGCCGAGGAUGCCAUGUCCAUCCGCUCUGAGAUGAUCCAGCGCAAAGGCUCCACCUUCCGACCUCAUGACUCAUUCCCCUCCAAAUCAGGGAAAUCUGGCCGGAGAAGGCGAGAAAGGCGGAGCACGGUGCUGGGGCUCCCACAGCACGUCCAGAAAGAGCUGGGUCUAAGGAAUGGGCAUGACCUGCCCGGCAUGGCCAGGCCUCCUGCUCGCCUUACCAAUGGUCAUGGUGCAGCAGGGGGAGUGGUCCACAUCCCCACAGUGGAUGGGCAGCUGGCGGUCCCUGGGAGUGAUGUUCCUGGGGUUCGAGUGUCACUGGUCAGGCUGGAAGCAGGGUCUGGGGAUGAGGCUGCCUUACAACGCCACAUCGAUCGUGUCUACCAAGAUGACAGCCUUCUUGGCCGAAGGACAGGGGCUCGGCUGUCCCCCCUGGUCCGACCCAAGUCACUGGCCGUGCCGGGGAUGACCGGUGGGGCGGGAUCCCCAGAGCCGCUCAGCCCGGCCAUGUCCAUCUCACCCCAGGCCACCUACCUCUCCAAGAUCAUCCCGAAUGCAGUCUUGCCACCAACUGUGGAUGUAGUGGCCCUGAGCCGCUGCAGCGUCCGCACCCUGAGCCGCUGCAGCCUCAUGUCAGCCAGCCCAGCCUCUGUUCGCUCCCUGGGGCGCUUCUCCUCCUCCUCUUCUUCCUGCCGACCCCGAAGCCGCCAUGCCUCUUCCUCCAGUGACAACUGGAGCCACUCACAGUCCACAGAAACAAUCGUGUCGGACGGAUCUACGCUGUCAUCCCAGGGGGGCUCGGAAGAGCGAGUGGACGGGCUGCCGGGCCAUGAGGAGGGCAGUGCCCCCCGCCGAGAGAGCCCCCGCAGUCCAGCAGGUAGCGGGGCCUCUGUGGCCACAGGCAGUGGGCAGGCUUCGCCCAGCGUGGGCAGCAGCAAGGCCGAUGGCUCAGACACCAUCAGCAUUCAGAGUGGACACUCGUCUGUCAGGAGCGUGUCUCUGCGGAAGCUCAAACGUGCUCCGGCACCCCCCCGCCGGACCUAUUCCCUUCACCAGCGAGGUUCAGCCGAUGGGGCCCCCGGGCUGCCCCCCAAGCCGGAACGAAAGCAGCCACAGCUCCCUGCUGCUGGGGAGCCCGAGGAGGCGGCCCCUGGAGUGCAGGUCCCAGCUCUGUCUCCCAGCACCUCGCAGCGCCUAGUGGGCUCCCCUGAGCGUACACUCUCCCCGUCAAGUGGCUAUUCUAGCCAGAGUGGCACCCCUACACUGCCUCCCAAGGGGCUGGUGGGGCCCCCUGCCUCCCCAGGCAAGCGAUCCCCAAGGCCUCUAAAGCCUGAUCGAGUUUGCUCUCUGAGGUCCCCUGGGGCCUCAGUGUCUUCCUCACUCACCUCCCUCUGUUCCUCUGUUUCAUCCUGUGACCCAGCUCUUGUAGAUAAGGGUGUCCCUGUGCAGCCUCCAGAUGCUCCCUUGCCCCUAACCAACCCGGCUGACAGAUUUGUCAUUCCCCCUCACCCUAAAGUCCCGGCCCCUUUCUCUCCACCACCCUCAAAACCCAAGCCCCCCACUCCAACUGCACCUGCAGCUACCCCUAACUCCAAUUCUAAUUCUGCUCCUUCUCCUAUCCAGGGGUCCAUGACCCCUGGGAAAUCUAAGCAGGAAUCUUCUACACCCCCCAAGGGUGGAUCUCCUCCCCCUUCCCCUCCUCCAUCUUAUCACCCACCCCCACCACCUGCUAAGAAAGUGGAGGCAGUUGCCGAGGCCCCACCCUCAGCACCUCUGAAUUCUGAUGGGGAGGCCUUCCAGGACCCCAGCUGGCCACCCCCGCCUCCCCCUGCUCCAGAGGAACACGACCUGUCCAUGGCUGAUUUCCCCCCACCAGAUGAGGCCUUCUUCUCGCCUGCUAGGCCAGAGUCCCCAGCUCCAACUAUGGCCUCGCCCCCUGCCCCCACCGAGCCUCUUGGCCCAGCCCAGGCCUCUCCUGCACCUCCAGAGUCUCCUCCUCAGUCUGUGGCCAAGCCUGAGAUGCAGGCCUCCAGCUCCUUCUUGGCCACCAUCUCACAAAGCCAACCCCAGUCUGAGUCCCAGCCUACACCUGAACCCCCACCCGUGGCUCCACCCUUGCCAGCCCCCGUCCUUCAACCUAGUUCUGGGAAGCUGUCCGAGCCAGUCAAGGAGCCCUUGGGGCGUAGUAAGAGCAUCCCUGCGCCCAAGGAAGAUGCCAGCCUCCCUAUUGUCACGCCCUCCUUGUUGCAGAUGGUGCGGUUACGCUCCGUUGCUCCCCCGGCUCUUCCAGCCUCCGAGGUCCCAGCUGCCCCUGCCCCUGCCCCUGCCCCUGCCCCCGCCCCGCAGAAACCACUGCGGAAGGCACUGUCUGUGAGGGGUGGCCAGGCACCUGGGCCCUCCACUGGGCUUCACGCAGCCAUGCGCCUCAAGGUCUCCAGCCUGGCCUCCACAGAAGCCCCCCUCAGUCCUCAACCCAAUGGCCCGCCCGAGCCAGAGGCCUCGUCACCACGGCCACAGUCCCCCGCCUCUCCCGCCUCCACCGCCAGCUUCAUCUUCUCCAAGGGUGCCAAGAAGCUGCAGCUGGAGCGCCCCGUCUCUCCUGAGGCCCAGGCUGACCUGCAGCGGAACCUGGUGGCUGAACUCCGGACCUUGUCUGAACAUCGGGGGCCGCAGGUCCAGAGGAAACCCAGCAAGUCUGCCCCGCCUGUGGCCCGCAAGCCGGCACUGGGGUUUUCCCCAUCUGGCUCCCCUGGCAACAAGCCGGCCGAGAGCCCCUCGGCCUCCCCUGCCAAUGGGCAUGCCCGCCCCGAGGACAGGACUAAGCGAGAGCUAGCAGAGAAUGGAGGCACUGUGCAGUUGGCGGGCCUGGAGCCGCAGCCACUGAAUCCCACUGCCUCAGAAAAACAGGAAGAGCUGGUCUGACUGACCUGAGGGGACAGCACUCUGGUACUACUGACCUAUCCUACGAACACAAUCUCUCAGGGACCUGAGCAGGUGGAAGCGUGAGAACAACUGGAGAACUGGACAGAUGCUUGACUUAAUACAAAGGAAGAAUUCCGCCUUAGCCUCCACGGCCUUUGAUAUUUAUGCAAACCCUGGUGAGGGCAGCUUUCCCCACCAAGUUAGGCAGUUUGCUUUUGCCUUUUUACAACAAAUAACGGAUGCUCCCAGAGUCGCCGCAUCUCCCUCUCCGACCCCAUCCUGCCUUGGCCGAGGAAGGACAGAGGAUGAUGGGAGAGGGAGCGAUCUCAGCCGGCCCCAAGGCCCUAGCCCUAAAGAGGCCGGUGCCUGGUCCAGAGCUCCCUGGGGUUUGAUGUUUUGGUUCUUUUCUGUUGAAAACACUUCCUCUCUUUCUCCUCUCCCCUGCCUUCCCUACCCCCCCCUUCCAUUUCUGGGAUAAUUAGUCCUGUAAUCAAGCACACAAUAGUAGUUUUGAAUCAAAGCACUUUUCAAAGACAGCGGCCUGUCCAUCUUACAGGGCACGUGGCCGGCCUUCCAUCCUGCCAGCUGUCGCCUCCUUUCCACAAGGCUCCUGUUUACAUGGCAGCCAUUCUCACCCUCUGGGUCUUGGCUGGCCUUCUCAGGCUGGUGUGGGCGUCUGUCUGGUGUGCCCCAUUCCUUUGGGUCUUGAGGCUUCAGAAGGGGGACAGGCGGGUGGGCGUAGCAGUCCCUGACCUUUGGAGGCAAGGGCAAAGCACAAAAGCGGAGGAGAGGGCUGAACUCCCGCGGCCACAUCUUUUCACAAGCCUCCGCGUUGUUUCCCAACUUGCCUGCUCCCAACAGGUGCUUCCAUCAGUAGUGGGGGAUGGUGCCAACAUGACCCCAGGUCAGAAGGAAGGGACUUGUCCCCACUCCCUUCUCAGGGCAUCAGAAUUUGACUGGAGAAGAGAAAGGAAGUUGCGCUCGGUAGCAGCUCUGGCUCUCUUCACUUCUAGAGGUUGAGAGCCCCCUCUCUGAGCUGAUGGGCUUCUCUCCUUUCCCAGGCCAGCCCUAGGUACUGGCUUUUGUGGUUGGCAGUGGCAGGCGGCUGUAGGCUGCACAGGGUAUGGAGGAGGAGGGAUACCUCUUGCCACUGGUACUAGUGCUGCUCAUGUACUCUCCUUUUCCUCCACCCCUUUCGGUGGGAUUCCACCUUCUGGAUAUGCCUCUUUGCACCGGAUGCUUGUUUAGGGAAUGGCAAAGGCUGAUUGAGAGGUCAGUCACACAUGCCAAAGGCAUCCUUGGACUAUUCUAAGAAUAUGAAUACCUCCCUGGCCUGUCCCUUGGUCCAACCAGCCUGGGAUUCAUGGGUUUGGUUUUAUUUUAUUUUUUUUGGCAGCCAGAAUAAGCAGGAGAGCAUGGGCAUGAUCUAUGAUUUCAGCCUCCAAAAGUUAGGGAUGCUCUUCAACAACCUUGGAUUUCUCUUUAGUAACUUGGCCAAGAUCUCAUCGACCAUGGGUUUGAUCAAAACCCUCUUGAAACCUGUUUUCAAGGCUAGUAAAUCUUUCAGAAUAACCUAUUUAGGUAGAUUUGGAACUGUUUCCGAAGCGGCUGGGGGGUACUGUGAGGGAGGCGAGGCCACAUUGGGCAGGGAAGGGCGUUUUUCUACUGGAGGGACGGUGGCUACCACCACCAGACACUAGGUAGCCAUCAGCCAACUCUUCUCCACCCCCCUCCCUUGCCCAGGGAUGUUUUCAUUUGGUCCUGGUGGUGUUUGCGGAGCUCGACUAGGCUGGGGCCUGAGCCUCUUGAAGGGACUCCUGAGGGUGCCUCUGUACCAGUGUCCUUCUCUUCCUGUGGGUCAUGACACCUAUUGAGUGAAUAACCACUGUACAAACUGUGCUGAGCUCUGCUCCUUGAUAUAAUUGGAUGUAAGAGCAAGCUUGAGGGGCAGCGUCCACACUGCCUGCAGAACUGCUGAGGUUUGGGAGGGAGGGAGGGUGGGCUUCUUCCUGUCCAUUCUAAACUCCUGCUGCCUGACCGUCCUUGCUCAGUUCUGUUACUGGAAUCCUGUCCCUUCCAGUGAGGGCACCUGACAAUGCCCAGCUCACCCAAGCCUUUCCUGGUUGGACAGAGAACAUGGCAGUGGGGACUGAGAAGGGGGGGAAAGGAAGGGAAGUGGCAAGUCCCUGCCUUAUCCCCUUGGGGAACCAAGCUGGACCUAGCACUAACUGAGACCAAAAGCCUCUGAUUUUUAUUCUACAGAAAUGUUAGAUAUAGAGAAAUAUAUAUAUUUCUUUAAACAUUGACCUCACUUUGAUUGUUAAAAAAGCCAAAAAAAAACCACCCCCCACCCCUCAUUCCAAUACCCCAGACGACCUCAGCCCUUUACCUUGAAAAGCCUAAGUGAGAUACAAUGAAAAACUGUAUAUGUUUUGGUUAAAAUGUUAAUUAUAUGAUUAAAGCUGAAUUGUUGCUUC